UUACCUCUUAUGGUUAUCAUCCACAAGUCUUGGUGUGGAGCUUGCAAAGCUUUAAAGCCAAAGUUUGCUGAAUCCAAGGAGAUCUCUGAACUUGCCCAUAAUUUUGUUAUGGUCAACCUUGAGGAUGAUGAAGAGCCAAAGGAUGAAGCCUUUAGUCCUGAUGGAGGUUACAUUCCCAGAAUCCUUUUCAUGGACCCCAGUGGAAAAGUCCACCCAGAAAUCAUAAAUGAGAAAGGAAACCCCAGCUACAAGUAUUUCUAUACCAAUGCUGAUCAAGUUGUCCAAGGGAUGAAGGAGGCCCAGGAGAAGCUAACAGGUGAUGCUUUCAAACAAAAACACCUGGGAGAUGAACUAUAAUGAAUACACUGAAUGAUACUUUUCCAUCACUUCAAAAGUCAAAAAAGAAAUGAUUAUACAGACCAAGAAUGUAGAUGCACUGGAGGGACAUAAUUCUCCUGUCAACAAUGUUAGGUUAAACCCUGUUUGGAGUUCACACACAUGCAUCAGUUACAGUGUUAUCUCCUCCUCUGCCUGGCAGUUUGUACUGUAAUGGUUAUUUGCAACUAGGUAAUGUGCAAACACAUCGGUUUGUGUGUUUGAGCAACCACUAAUAUUUGGUGUUAAAAGGGAGGUGUCUAGGGCAAAACAUAAUUUGAGGACAAACUGUGUGAUUGGAAAAACAAGAAGUAGCCAACAUUUUGACAAUCAGGGUUGGAUCCCUCAUUUCUCACUGGUAUUAUGUGAUCCCAUUGUUUUUACUGGGGAUUCCUACGAAGGGGGCAUGUUCCUGGGCCAGGUGUUUUCUAGACAUCCCAAACCAUGAAUUCUGCCACUAAGCCAAGUAGAAUAAAUUUCAUGAAUGUCCAAGUAGCAUGUGAAAUUAGUAGCUCUGCAAACAUAUUUUUGUGUAAAACUGUGUGUGAUUCAUCUUUAUUUGCCUUUGGGCAGAAAUUUAACUUCUUCCUUGUGCACUCACCUUUUGAUUGUUUUAUCAAGUGAGGGUGGGUUAUGUUGAAGCUUUAUGGGGUUUCCCCUUUUAUUCUUUGAAUGUUUUUUGGCGAAUGCCUUGCCAUCACAUUGUACUGUAUUUUUGUACCAGGGUGAAAAAUUAAACCUUUUUAAACAUAAGCAUGCUGACAGUGUUUUGUGGUAAAGGGUGUAGCUUUCCAUCUUAAGGAUGGGGGAAUAUAUUGUUGGUUAUUGUUGCAGUGGUUAUUGCUGUUGAAUGUCACAGCUGAAGGUUUCUCCUUUUUAUAAUUAAGAGACAACAGUUGGUUUCC